GCGAGAGCUUUCGAACGGGGAGCCCGUGCUGCACGCGCGACAAUCUCUCCCGCGUAUUUACGCACGCAGCACAUUCAAUCCUAAAUCCAAUUAAAAAAACAAUGUGUCAGUGACCGCUAAUCGCCUAUAAUGGGAUAAUAGUGUAAUAGGUUAUUGGUUCAUAGUUUUUCUUGUGUGGAAAAUGUUUUUGAAGGAUGUGAUUUCGGAAAAAUGUUGAGGGCGUCCCGCGCGCGAUGUUUGCACGUAGGAUUGCUGUGGUUCAUUUUGUGCCUAGGCGACGUAGAUGGACUUAUAGAAAUAGUGGAAGAGCAACAAUGUCACGACAGCGAGUUCCGACUCACAUGCCGGGACCUAGACUCUCACAUCGCAGUAUUAGAGGCGUGGUACACCUCCGCAGAAAACUACCACAUCAACACCACCCACGAGAGUCUCAAAAUUAAAACCGAAAACGAUUCGGAACUAAACAGAGUUUACGUGUAUUCUAGUCCUAAACAUAAUGGGGUUUACCAGCCCACAAAUCAUUCCAUGUUAGAAAACACCUCGAGUAUAAAUAAUACGUUUGAUUUUAAUGAUUUUGUUAAUGAUACCUCGUUUUUUAAUGAGACGGUGGAUGUGUCAGUGGAUUACGUAAAUGUGUCCGGGUGUGGUGUUCCGACCUUCGCGAGGAGUUACGCCAGUUGGCGGGAGGGAGAUAAGAGGAGACGGCCGCAGUCGAGAGAAGCUUCUGUCAAUUUGAGAGCGCCUGUCAGUUAUAGAUGUACAGGCGUGAAUCAUUGCAACUUUCUGCUGUAUGAAGACUUCCCCCCCUCCACGAGUUGGUCGCCAGGAGCUGUGUUCAUUAAAUAUGCUUGUUUUGAUGAUACGUUAUCAGUCCACUACUGCAACAGAGAAGUCACAAUAGCCGAGGUCGGAGAAGACAGCGAGGGGUACAUCCGAACCCCGGGGUAUCCGCACUUCUAUGUCGGUGACGAGUGCCGCUGGCGGCUGAGGGUUAACCCCGAACAGAGGGUUAGGGUCACGCUUAUGGAUGUCAGUUUGAGAAGUAUAGGGCCCUUUGAGAACCGCUGUACGGACUACGUUACGGUUCAGGACCAGAAUGGGGACUCCCUCCUGUCUUCCUGCGAGCAGGUGGAACUGCCUCUAAGAUUGACAUCAGUGACCAACGUCGUUGAUGUCGCCGUGGAAGCUAAGUCCAAAGGAGCUUACCCUAAGAGAGGGGUGCUGUUACAUUAUAAAAGUAUAGGUUGUGUUACGCUACCAGCGCCAUCUAACGGCUACCUCGUGUACCGCAACGAAGACGUAGCUCACUACAUGUGCAACGUCAACUUUGUUUUUGUGGACACGCGACAGAGGGCGCGUCUAUUAUGGUGCUAUGAUGACAAUAGAUGGAACGACACUGUGCCUGUGUGUGUCGAAGAGGCUACUCAGACGACGGUACCAGCCGUCGAAGAUUUAGUUGAAGCAAGAGGGGAAAAAUACGACCUGGCGCCACGCGACGUACCCGACAUGAUGGUUGACAUAGUCAUACCAUCACUACUUAUAGCAGCGUUGUUCGUCGGCAACGCUUUAAUCGUCCUCAUCAUAUAUAAAUAUAGGAAACGAAAAGAAGGCGAUGAGGUCGAAGAUGAGUUUAACACCAUUCCACUGAGUGUCAACGGCAACGUGCAUAAUGCCGGCAACGCGGUUUAGUCAUCUUACUACACAGGACGGUUUCACGCGGACGACUAAACUUCCCACUACGGAAGAAACGCAAGUUGGCCUACGUAUAUAUACGAGUUGACCUACGUAAUAUACUAGAUGACCUACGUAUAUCUCCAGUUUGGCCUACGUAUAUGUACAAGUUGACCUGCGUAUAUUCUUGCGUAGUGGAUAGUGAAUUUAUCGAGACUAGGAAGACAAGAUCAUUGUUUAAUUUGUAACUGACGUCGUGUAUACAUUUUUGUAACUGUAAAUCGAAACGAGAAAUAUUAAGUUUUAUGGUAUUUGUCACAGAUGUUAUGUUCCUUUAAACAUCUUAAUUAUGUCAAUGUCACGCUAAGAAUUGGUUUAGCUUUGUAAGAGCAAUAGGUUUUAGGUUAUUUCGAUCAUGUAAGUAGUAACUUUUGUGAUGUUAGAUAGCGUCGUCGAAAUUAAUUUAAAACUGUGCUGACAUCAUUUCUUUUCGACGCAGUUAAUUUAUUAACACACUUUAAAAGUGUUUCACGGCCAUAUAAUAGAAAUAAAUAGUGACUGUUUAACCUUCAGAUUAUCUUGUUGCCGAGUCUAGAUAAAUACAAAAGCGAUUAUGAUAAUGCAUUCAAAAGAUAAUUAAGAUUACAAGAAAGAUACAAGUUUUAUUAUGUCUUUAACGUAAAGCGAGGUGAUUGCUGAAGAAAAAAAAUCUAAUUACAACUACAGCAGCAUCAUAUUGACUUUAAUUAGUCGUCGGCGUGCAAGCGUUCUUAAUUGAUUUGAACUUUGAAGAACGUAUGUUGUUGACAGCUCGGUGGUCCGGUCGUGUCUCCGGUCUGUCGACAGCCUAAAGUAACACGCUUUCAAUAUCCAACAUGGCGACGUCGCCAGGACAACUUGGCAACCUGUGUUAGCGACUUUAUUUAAUAGGAUUUUAUAUGAAAGUAAAUAACGUCGUUGAUACAAGUCGCUGUGUUGUCUAAUCUAAGCGUAUUAGGGUUACCUUAUUUAUUCGUUAGACUCAAAUAGAUCGCGAAAUAGUCCAAGUUUAAUCUUUCUUAGGACCCUUUUAGGUAUUAAGUAAGGACUGAUAUUGUUAUAAAUACUCUAUUAGAUUUUUUUUUAUUUUCUAUCGCACCUUCACUGGCUCUGUUGUCACGUCAAUUAAGUACCUAAUGUUGAUGCUUGAUCGCUCUAGGCUAGUCUAUGCUCUAGGUACCUUGUGAUUAUAAUUUCUUCUGUAAUUGUUGAUGUUUUUGUAUUUGGCGGAGUAUGUAUAAAUUCUGUAAUGAAUAAAAAGCACUUUAUCUUU